GACUGCUUGGUUGAAAUUACAAUAGAAAUGGCUGUGAACAUGAGUACAAUAAUUGAACCCUACCGCAAGGGCACACGUUUUGGUGAAUGGGUAGAACGCUUAGAGUUUUAUUUCUCAUACAAUAACGUGACUCCAGAUGCUAGAAGAGCAUGCUUUAUAACGCUUGGUGGUCCCGUGAUUUACCACGAGCUAAAACUAUUGUCCCCGACAAAUAAUUUGACAACGGUGUCCUAUGAGGACAUGAUAGAGAAACUUCGUGAAAAAAUAAUUGCAACAUGGGAGCUAGCAGGGAAAAACUCCAAAAAUUUGAAUAAUGAUGAUGGUCAUUGUGGCCAAAUAGCUUACUUGGCGCAACUGUCUCCGUCGGCUAGAGUCGGAGUUACUGCUAGAAAAUUGUUGGCAACCUACAACGCAGCGAGGGCAGGCAGUAGCAGAGAUCCGGGUAAUUCACCUAGAGUGUCGGUGAAGGAUAGGCUGGGUCAUAAACCGUAUGUUCGACAAUAUGAUGACAAUAGCAGAAUCAGAAACCAGAGUUGGAGGCAAACAGAAAAAUUUCCCCCUUGGGAGUGGAGACAGAAACCAAACUAUGCAGACAUGACUUGCAAUUUUUGCGGGGUAAAGGGCCAUAUCAAGCGAAAAUGCUUUAAGUUAAAAAAUAUGCAACGAGAAACAGUUAAUUCAAUUGACACACCGAAUCAGCAGAACUGGAAGAACACAUCGUAGACUUGUUGAAUCGGAUGCGAACGGAAGACUUGGACGAUGAAGAUGCAGGUGGAAACUGGAAACGUUCGCCUAAUGGCUCAUCGCGACCAGCUGCGACUAGCGACUGACCGUAUGCUAACGAAACCAAACCUAACCGUUUCUCUUACGAAGUGCAAUGGAGAGCUGCCUGCUGGCAGUCACGAAGAAGUAUUCGAAGGGUUCUCGGAGACACAGCAAGAUGAUUCACGGAAGAGAAGAAAACGGAAGCGUUCGGAAGCUCCUAUGGGCUCUACUCCUGUUCGACGAUCGAAGCGAAAGCGUACG